UUGCACAUUCAUUUCAGCAGCAGCGCCUCCCGCACAACUCCAGCCAGCGAACGACUCGCGAAAAAAUUAUUGCGUGCCAGCAGCAGUUCUUUCUCGCAAAUUAACCCGGAAAAAAGUGCGAAUCCAGCUCGAAAUCGAUUGCCGACGGCAGUGCCCGCCGGAAGAAAGCAACGGAACCAGUUGCUGGUGUUCAAAUCCGACUGCAGACGAGUGGAAAAUUGUAUUUUCAAAGGCAGUGUUCAAACUUAGUGCAAAAGCAGAGCUGCUGUCUGUUCUAGAACAAACUCGACAUCUCCUCCGAGGGGUUUGUCGUAGUGGUUGUGCGCCGAGAGGAAGAAGCAUUCGUGUGUCGGUGAGCGAGGUUUCCACAGUUUGAAGCAGCUGGUUGGAGCAGACGGAAGGAUUAAGCGUUCGAGUGUAAGAAUAGCUUUGGAAACAGGAAGUUCGGAACUAAAGAAACCUACUUGGAUCGAUCGGAACAAGAUCAGUGAUACGAUGUCUCAACAGGAAAAACAAUCUCAGCCUACGGUGCGGCACAUUCCGAUAUUUGUCGAGGGACGAUCGGAGCCAUUGGUGAACAAGAUACCGGAAACUCAACCCAGUAACAACUCUUCGUCCAGUUCGAUUCCGGAGAUGCCAGGAAUGGAUAUGCCACGAAUGGGAAUGCCAUCGCAUAACAAUGACUUCUUCAAGCCGUCUCUUUUUGAACGAACGCGUGACUUCCCGGUGCGGAGUUUCCCAAACUCGUCUAUUUUCAACAAGACCAGUCCGGCUCGGGAAGCAUCACCAGCUAGACAAGUUCCUGUCUUCACAGAAUCUUCAGCCACAGUGCCUCCGACACAACAGCAACAACAGCAGCCCCAGCAGCAAACCCAAACCCCUCGGGGGUCGUCUGUGCCACGGCAAACUCCUUCGCCUCCGACUGCACAGCAGCAGCAACAGCAAUACCAACAAGAGCAAGCCAAGCGGUACCAACAAUACCAGCAGGAACAGCAACAGGCUGCUGCCCAUGAUCAGACAGAUUCGCAGCCGAAGAAAGCUACUCCUCCACCUCCCCCCACAGCUAACGAUCCGAUUAGUAAGAUCCAAAAGAUUCAGCGGGACGUUUUGCAAAUCUUCGAUCAGGUGGAAAAGUUUGAGGGCAACAAGGAAGGUAAAAAGGACAAGACGUACGUCUACUUGGACGAGAUGUUGACGCAGAACUUGUUAAAGUUGGAUUCCAUCGAUGCCGAAGACCAACCCCAAAUCAAAUCCGCCCGAAAGGAAGCUAUCAAGAGCAUAAACCAUUGCAUUGCCGUACUGGAGGCCAAAGCGGAAGCCGCCGCAGCAUCGGCAAAAGAUUCCAGUGCGCCUUCGAAUAGCGAUCAAAAUCAGCAGGUGCCUAACGGGACGACUGACCGGACCGGUUCCGGUGCUUCCCUAUCGCAUUCUUCGUCCAAUUCUUCUAGUCAACAGCAGAUGCAGUCGGAUCAGACGCAGUAAGAUUUACCCUUCCUUCUACCAAGAUCCUCUUCAUAAUCCAAAACCAAUCAAACAUGUUCUUUAACCUUUCAACCCAAUUAGUGGACCUACCACAACACACAGCUAUUAGAUACAAGAAAAUUGCUACACUUUGCUGCUAUUUGCCGAUUGUAAUGGCUCCUAUAUAUUCUUACGGUUCUUACAACGUGUUCUUUGAAUGAAGAUAUAUUUCAGCAAGGAUUGCGAACAUUGACCGCUAGACGACGAACUCUUUUUCUACUAGGAAUUUUUGUAUUGAUUAAAGGUUUUUAGAAAGCAACUGUGUAGAUAACGAGCAAACCUGACUAACCAAAUUUAAAAACGUUUUUUUAGUUUGCGGUAAUUUUUGUUUAAUGUAAUUCAUUCACCACCAAGCGGGUAGCUUUUGCAAUUCGCAUUCUUAUAUUUGUUUCAAUCGUUUUAACCGUCCUCUCGCACGCUUCUUACGGGACAUCUUAGACUUUUUGUAUAAUUCGCUUGAUUGCAACACACACUCACUGUUAAUCACGUUUAGGCACUUUCGAGCUAUCAUCAGCUGUUGUAGUAAUUUGCUUUAUAGAGCGAUCUCUAUUAGAUAAUUUUCAUCCAGUGAUGCCAUCGUACAUCCACGCGAGCGCCAACAUGACGGGCGUUUUUCGAUCGCCGGAUUUUACCAUUAAUUCAUUGCACACAUUGUCGUGCGCCACUAGCUCCCCCUCAUUUCGCACGUAACUUCACAGUUUUUCAGGUCGCGAAGGCCAGCCAGAUCCUAAAACAUGCAGUAUAGAAAUCGCCCGACUCCAAAAAAUGUUUACAAGAGUUUUAUUUAUUUGUUUAUAUUUUGCUUUAUGUUUUUUAUGUUUCCUGUAGUAAUAAACACUAAUUUAAAUGAUGCAUAAUUUCUUAGAAGAGUAAUAAGAACAGAAAAUACUGAAACGAAGCGUAUAAAACAUGAAAUCGGAAGAGUUGAUGAUACAUGUGUAAGGAGUAAAAUACUAUAUAUGGUAUAGUUUAUAUUUAAAGAUUAAACUUGUUUAGAGUCGAGAGAGUAAAUUAAUACAACAAAUAUAAUCCAAUUAAUUAAAAUCGCAAGAAGAAGCAGCGAAACCCAGAAUAAUAAAAACUCACACAAACACACACACAUUUCAGUUUUAGUGGACAACUCAA